AAGAAGACAAGUCAUUGGCUCUGAGGACUUGAUGACGGAGGGAGCGCACUGUUUUCUCCAGGAGCGCGUUACUGGAGUCCCUCAAGACGCUGCACCUCCGUCCAGUGACGUGAAACCAGUGUGUCGGACUGGGAUGGGCCUUUAAGCGGUGGACUUGGUCUUUUUCUAAUUUUUUUUGGUUAUUUCGGAAGUGGGGACCUGUUGGGGCGAGCUCGUUGAGUCGUCAGGAGCGCGUAGAGUGGAACAAAAGCAGCCCAGUGCAGCGCAGACAGCAGCAGAGUUACGGGGUCCGCGGGGAAGCGGUGUCGGUGCAUGAGAACAACGGACAGUUGACGAGCAGGAUAUUGAGAAGAAAAUCGGCGUCGGAAUUUGGAUAUGGCGGGUGUGAAAUCGGUCGAGCUUCUCCUUGGAGUUGUUUUAGUUUUGCAGUGUGUGGGGAAUGUCCAGGCCGACAUUUCAGCCAGCAACGAGGUGUCUUACUCAUACGUGCAGGGCCAGGCACGAGAUGAGGACGCAGCAGUGGACAUGAAGCUGUACAGUCACAGGCUGAAAAGAUGGGUUCCCCCAAAACCUCGUAACAUGGACAGUAACAGGGCCAGCCAGGAGCAGGACCAGGGGCUGGAGGUGAAGGAGCCAGAGGGCUUUCCAGGCCUGCUGUCAGCAGAGGAAGCAGACAACAGCUCCCAGAUCGAGCAUGAGGAUACAGAUCACAACUACUACAUGUCAAAAACUUAUGGUCCAUCAGAUCCGAUGAGCAAGGACUUGUGGGUAAAUAUUGACCAGAUGGACAAGGAGAAAGUGAAGAUCCAUGGGAUUUUGUCCAACACACACAGACAAGCAGCGAGAGUUAAUCUGUCCUUCGAUUUCCCAUUUUAUGGACAUUUCCUGCGUGAAAUCACCGUGGCGACUGGUGGGUUCAUCUAUACAGGUGAUGUGGUCCACCGAAUGCUAACAGCUACACAGUACAUCGCUCCUCUAAUGGCCAACUUUGACCCAAGUGUCUCCAGAAACUCUACUGUCAUCUACUUUGACAAUGGUACUGCUCUGGUGGUGCAGUGGGACCAUGUCCACCUUCAGGACAACUACAACCUGGGAAGCUUCACCUUCCAGGCCACGCUGCACAACACUGGCAGGAUUGUCUUUGCAUACAAAGAGAUCCCUAUUGAGGUCUCACAGAUCAGCUCUGUCAAUCACCCGGUGAAGGUGGGCCUGUCCGAUGCCUUCGUAGUGGUCCACAAGAUCCAACAGAUACCCAAUGUGAGGCGGAGGACAAUCUACGAGUACCACCGCGUUGAGCUGACGAAAACAAAGAUCACCAAUUCUACAGCUGUGGAAAUUACACCUUUACCCACCUGCCUCCAGUUCACCAGCUGCAGUGCCUGCAUCUCCUCACAGAUCAACUUCAACUGCAGCUGGUGCCACCGCCUCAACAGAUGUUCCAGUGGCUUUGACCGCCAUCGGCAGGAUUGGGUGGACAACAGCUGCCCAGAUGAGACCAAGGACAAAAUGUGUGACAUCACUGACACUACGUACCUCUACCCCGUCACCACCACAACUGUCGCCAAAACUACAUCCAGGAGCAAAGAGAACAACACAGGCAGAGACACCCCCUCCACCUCCAACCCUCCCACUAGCGUCCCCACUGAAGAUGAUACGAAGAUCGCUCUGCAUCUGAGAGACAGCCAGGCUGACAGCAGUGUAGGCAGGAUGCCAGGUUCACACCCUCUGCACACUGGUCUGAUCCUUGGUAUUCUCCUAGUGAUGCUCAUCAUGGUUGCUGGUGUGCUACUCACCAUCUACAUCUACCAUCACCCCACUUCUGCUGCCAGCAUUUUCCUCAUUGAGAGACGCCCAAGCAGGUGGCCAGCUAUGAAGUUUCGCCGGGGAUCGGGUCACCCAGCCUAUGCGGAGGUGGAGCCAGUGGGCCAGGAGAAGGAGGGCUUCAUCGAGUCUGAGCAGUGCUGAGGGAGGAGGGGGCGUCCACCUCCCUGCAGCCCCCCUCCUGUGUCACCCCUCCUCUCUCCUGCUCCACAGAGACUUCUCAACGAGAACCUCCAGGAUUUGCAGUCUGGCCAAACGAGUGCUAGAUGAGACUGGAUACAGCAGCCGACAAUAUGAGGAAGGGAGAAAACCCUGAUCACUGAUCCCAGACUAACCUGCUGUUCAGCUCCUGUUGGCAAGGACCUGCUCUACUGGGGAUGGAGACAGAACAGCGUUGGUUAAGUUUGUAUGGCUGCUACCAUGUUGCCCUGGAGGGACUGUACAGCCUGACUGCCUGGACUGCCACUGGUGUGUCUGAGGGGAAAGCAGGGUGAAUGAUACAAUAUAUAUUUUCAGAAACAAUACAGAGUAUGUGAAUACAGAUUUCCACUUUAUUGUUGGUGGGGUUACACAGUAUAGGCCUUUGUAUAUCCAUCAGGUUCUUUCCUUUUUCUUUCAGUAUGUUCUUUUCACAGAGGUUGGCAUAUUUACAGUGCCUAUGAAAAGUAUUCACACCCUUGGAUAUUUUACCCUUUUUAUUGAUUUCAUAAAUCAAUCGUGGCCAAUAUAAUUUGGCUUUUUUGGCAAAAA